CAAGUACCAGGUCCGCUUGUGUCAUCAUUCAAUAAGCAAUGGCGGUGGCAAGAAAGAACUAGUCUUGGAAGUGCAGGCUGUGCCUGGGCCCAGUUUUCACAAAACGGACCGGGCUUCUACGGCCAUGACGCAGCGAAGUUGGCGAUGUUCCAUGAAGGUCCACAAGUUCUUCCAGUCUCGCACCAUCUAUGCGGUGCAGGCGGUGCAGCAUUUUUCUUGAGCUGUUUGGCGCAGCGCGCAGCCGACGUGGAAGUCAUCUAUGAAGAGCAACGCUGCGGAACGCAGUCCACCCUCCGGCGGAAGAAGUUCAAAGAAGCCUUGAGGGAUCUGGAUGCUCUCAGAUCGGCCUCACCAAUGUGGCUUUGCGAUGAGACAUUGGUAGCCACGAUGGAUGACUUCGGCCUUUCAGAACUGCCUGGUUGUGAUCGAGACAUGUUGAAGUGCUUUGUUGAGCUUGGACCUCCAUCCAGUUGCGCCUUGUGGUUUGCGACUGCUGGGGCUUUGAGCUGUUGGCGACGCGACCCAAUUUGCUGGAGCACCCAAAUCUUGGUGCUUCUGGGUAGUGCCACCGUUCAGCUGAGCGCUGCCGCGCCCAUCCACGCGCUGCCCUCGGGCUUGGGCGAUGCGGCGGUGGCUCCGGUGGCUCCGACAUCCAAGGAUUGGCUGACCAUUCCGGCUGGCCAGAUGUUGGUCAUACCGCCUGGCUGGUGGUAUGCCCUGGGCUGUAGCGAAAAAUUACUGGCGAUCCAGAUGCAGAGCCUGAGGAAAGAAGAUGCGACUUGGGCAUUGGCAAAGCUGCUGACUUCUCUUGGACACAGCCCUAGGUGUGAUGCGACACCAGAGCAGCUUGCGCAAGAAGCAGCCACCGCCGUGGCCGCCGUGGCACCUGAAAGAUUUCAGCGUUGUCUGCGGGGCCUGUUUCCUCUACCCAAAGGGUUUGAGCUCGAGCUCGAAGACGAUUCCGAGGCUUCACAGCAGAGACUGUUGAACGUGAUGUGGGACCUCACGGCUGUGCAUCCUGACUUCGUGGCCACCGGGCGCUGCCUGCCGCCCGAGAGCAUCUCCUGGUCGCGCCAAUCACUGGAGGCUUUUGUGGUUACGGCGGGCUUUUGGCGUCCGCCGCAGCUGGUCCGCAGAACAGUUCGUCGUUGCCCGUUGUUUCCGCUGACGGAGUGGCCGCUGCCAGGACGGCACGCACCGCUAUCUCAGUCCGCGUUUCCGCGCAUCAUCUGGAUGUUUUGGGCGCAGGGCGAUGGCAAAGGCUUGGGCUUCUUCAGGCGAGCCUGCAUUCAAUCCUGGGUCUGCAAUAACCCCGCCUGGCGCGUAGUUUUGCUGAGCGUUUCCUCAUGUUUUUCCUUCAUUGCCACCAGUGAUCUGCCAGAGAAGUGGCAGUACCUCCGUUGGGACGUGCUGUCUGAUGCAGUUCGCCUCGCACUCUUAGCCCGACAUGGGGGUGUAUACGUGGACAUCAGCGUGGUGUGCACAAAGCCGCUGGAUGAUUGGCUGAACUUGAGCAGUUCAGCAACUGACAUAGACCUAGAGGCCUUUUACUAUCCCAAGUUCGGACGUUCAGACCACACCAACAGAGGUGAGUUUGUGGAGAAUUGGUUUUUGGCAAGUCCAAAAUGUAGCGAACUAAUGCAACGAUGGCACGCUGCUUUCCUGCAGUUCUGGAAGGGUCGCACGGAUGCAACUCAGGAUGGUGGCUUGCUUGCCAGCGGCAUGUUUAAAGAUAUCGACCUCCAGGCUAUGAGGGAAGAUCAGACCAAUUACCUUACGAUGCAUUGCUGCUUCAAAUGGCUGAUUGAUUCUGAUCCCUUUGCUCGGCAGCGUUGGCAAACAGCUACCGCUUUACAUUCAGGAGAUGCUGCUAUUGGUUGGAUUCGUGAGCUAGGGGGUGUUGAGCAAAAUUGGAAUGAGACAAAUGUUGCCUGCUUUCACGUGGCACGGUGGCUUUAUAAGAAUGACACUGCCUGGGUUUCAGAGCUCAUUCAGAGGGCUCCUAUGCUGAAGUUUGUGGGUGCACAUGCGAGCAUCUUUGACAAGCAGCCUGAGCAGAACCUCAUGCAGCAAGGCACUUGCAUGUGUUUUCUGAUGAAUCAUUCCGUCGCUUGGAGCACGGGCCCUGAAGUCCUGGAGUUUGACACAUUCGAAGUGGUGAAUUGACAGUGCAAGAAUCCAUGACAGCUGGGCGCUGCGGCGCGAUCGGCUUCCCAAGAUACGUUUUUUGCAGUCGACUCUUUGAGCUGGGCCCCUGGGCUGAACCGCUGAACCUCCCGGUUUCAGAACCUCAAAUGAUUCAAAUGGCUUCCAGCUCCACUUCACAGUGCAACUGUUGCAAGGGACUUCGUGAUGCAGGCACCAGCUCGAUACAGCUUGGCAGCUCCGGCGGCUUUGCCAACAAAGCUGAUGAGUGACCAAUGAGACAAGAGGAGCCAGGGUCAGUGACAGGAAAGGGCAGACGUCGUGACGUUGACAUUUUCCAAAUUUCUUGGGCUGGUCAGAAUCCAGAGUCAACUGGUGUGCUUGAUCGCCGAGAAGAGGCAAUAAAGCCCGAGUUUCGUGAACCUAGAGCUGAUACAUGAUUGUGAGGGAUUCUCGGGAUGAUGCUGGCCUUAGAAACGAUUUUUUUAGCUCUCAUUCCACCGAAAGACGUUGGCUUUAGCUUGUGAGGCUGAAGAAUAGCAUAGCCACGUUAGGGUUCAGAGAUGAGUGAUGAGUGUGUGC